AUGAUGUCUCAGUCUCUCCGGGCCUCGCGCACCCUCUUCUCCCGUGCCUCUCGGGCACAGGUCUCGGUCGCUCGCCGCACUUUCCUGACCUCCGCCGUCCGCCAGGCCGACCCCGUCCAGGACCUGUACCUCCGCGAGCUCAAGGCCUACAAGCCCACCCCCCUCAAGGCUGGUGAUGCCGAAGAGCACGUCCAGAAGUUCACCGCCCCCAAGGCCCCUCAGUCUCCCGAGGAGGCCAACCUCGCCAGCGAAUUGUCCGCCUACGAGAGCCAGGAGGUCGAGGUCGAGGGUCAGGCCGCCGCUGGCGAGGCCGCCCCCGUCGAGGAGAGCUGGUUCGAGGAGGAAGAGGAGGCCCCCGCUGCCCACUAA